GGGGAGGGGAAAGUCUCUCCUAUCUGCGUGUAGGGCUUGAGGAGACUCUUCUGCCCGCCCUUUGUCUGAGGGCCUUACAGAGGAGGGGACGGCUUAAACUAAACCAAAGCUAAACCUCUUUCUCUUUAAAGCAGAGUAGAGCUUUGUGUUUUCGUGGUUGGGCUGGGCAGAUUCCGGUAGCUGUCUCUGAAAUUGCCACCUGAAAGCUGGAACGUGAGACGUGCUGGAAGGUGCAUUCAGUGGUAGUUAUGUAGGCGUGUGUGGUGGGGGGAAGGAACUGAGCACUCUUAAAACCACUUUAAAAAAUCUUUAGGAGUUAGCGUUGAUAGUUUAUUGGGAAUGUGUUAUUGUCUAGUUUUGCCCUGGAAUAAUUUUGCCCCACACCGGGACGUUCUGCAGUGUGGUGUAUAACUGCAGUAUAACAGCAGCUCUCGACUGAUAUGCUGUUCCUGCCUGGAAGGUUUAUGUUGGUGAGCUUCCUCAAGAUUUUCUUCGCAUUACUCCAACCCAGCAGCAACAGCAAAUCCAGCUGGAUGCCCAGGCAGCUCAGCAGCUACAGUAUGGAGGACCAAUGGGUACAGUAGGCAGACUCAGCAUUACUGUAGUACAGGCAAAAUUGGCAAAGAACUAUGGAAUGACACGCAUGGAUCCAUAUUGCCGAAUACGGCUGGGAUAUGCUGUGUAUGAAACUCCAACAGCACAUAAUGGAGCCAAGAACCCCCGCUGGAACAAAGUUAUUCAAUGCACUGUUCCCCCGGGUGUGGACUCUUUUUAUUUAGAGAUAUUUGAUGAGCGGGCCUUUUCAAUGGAUGACCGCAUUGCUUGGACACAUAUUACAAUUCCUGAGUCUCUGAAACAAGGAAAUGUGGAGGAUGAAUGGUAUAGCCUGAGUGGAAGGCAGGGUGAUGACAAGGAAGGAAUGAUUAAUCUGGUUAUGUCGUACACGUCUUUGCCAGCUGCCAUGAUGAUGCAGCCCCAGCCAGUGGUCCUGAUGCCCACUGUAUAUCAGCAAGGAGUUGGAUAUGUGCCUAUAGCAGGGCUUGAGUACUUUGCUCUGGGGAUGCCUGCAGUCUGUAAUCCGGGUAUGGUACCAGUGGCAAUACCACCUCCUGCGGUCAACCCUCAGCACUUGUGUAAUGAAGAGGACCUGAAAUCUAUCCAGGACAUGUUUCCCAACAUGGACAGGGAAGUAAUCCGCUCAGUGCUAGAAGCUCAGAGGGGGAACAAGGAUGCAGCUAUCAACUCCUUGCUUCAGAUGGCUGAAGAAUCAUAGAUCCCUACUUCCUGCAUAGUCCCCGUCCUCAAUGCCACUUAUUUUUACUUGCCAAGCCAGGGAUUUAGCUAGAGGAAGAAUUUCCCAACAGCUUUCUGUUAGCGCAUCCUGUGUGAGAGAUUAUACCCCUUUUCUGCUUGGACAUUUGGAUCUUCUUCACUUUCUUUCUCAGUCUGUACAUACUCAGUUUAGCUUAUGUCCUACGAUGCAGCAUUGAAGCAUCUUUAUCAGCUGUGCCCUGCGUGACUAUACUCUGAUGGGGUGGGGAGGAGAGCUGCUUCCCCUCCCCUUAUUCUUACAAAGGAACUCUAUGCAGUACAGGUUUUACUACUGUUUGUUUGCUUGAAAAGAAAUUUUUUCUGUGGAGGGUUUGCUCUUUAAACAUAACUUGAUUUGUUAACAUAUUUAGGUUUCAUCAAGCAGCCUGUUUCUGCCAGACAUUAAAAGAAAGAUCCUUUCCUUG